AUGGCUGGCGAGUACGGCGGCGUGAUGCAGGUGGUAUCAGGUGUUGCACAAGGGGACGGAUAUGGGAGACUUGAGCGGUUCUUGUACGCACAGCACAUUGCCUACCUUCCAGGCGCGAGGGACCACCAGACAGCGAGGCCUGGCUCAGCUACAAGCACACCUCAUGUUUUUUUUUACAAGGCGGUGGUGAUGUGGCUGGUGCUGGCGGCGGCGGCGGCUGCGUGCUGCGGGGGCGGCGUCUCGGGGGCGGCGCCGUGCGGCGGCGUCCUGAGGGAGCCGCGAGGCGUCCUGCACACCCCUGGCUUCCCAGAGGACUUCCCCACGCCCCUGCGCUGCCGCUGGAUCCUGGACAGCUCCGGCUGGCCCAACUCCACCCUGCUCGUCUACCUCACGCAGGUGUUCGUGACCUCGGGGCUGACCUUCGCCGAGUACCUGCACUACGAGGCGAGCCUGCCGCAGUACCAGCUGGGGCGGCGCGAGCUGCUCCCGGAGCCCGGCCGAGCCUGGCUGCGCUCCACGCGGCCCUACCUCGUCGUCGAGUUCGCGCUCCGCUCGCCGGAGGGCGCGCGCCUGCGGGCCCUGGGCGGCCUCGAGGCGGCGCGCGGGUUCAACAUCACCUACGAGGCGGGCACCGGCGCCUUGGACCCCGAGCGAAGCGGCGCCUGCAGCGCGGCGCAGUGCUCCUUCUCGGGACACUGCUACGCCAGCGCCGACUACAGCCAGUUCCGGUGUGCCUGCUUCGAAGGCUUCUCUGGCGAGGACUGCGGACUCGGUCCCCUGUGUCGCUCGGGACAGCACUCCUGCCGCAGCGAAGAUGACUGCAGACAACUGGGGUCCAAAGUAGUCCGCUGUCGACACCAGUGCUUGUACGACCAGCCUUGUGAAGAUUCUAAAACUGAAAUGAACACUGAAUGUGGAACUGAAGAUUGCAUCAACGAGUGUCCAUACCAGCAGGGAGACCAACCUUGCAAGUGUGACAAUGCUACUAGAGUUCUCACAGACAGAGCUCGAUACCAUGCGACCAUAAGGUUGGCCAAUCUGACUUCAGUCAAACAUCUGCUGCGACACUCCUCCACGACAUUACAGUCUGCUCUUGAGAAGCAGAUUGGAAGGUACUUACGAUCGAGUCUGACCAACGUCACGGAUCUGAAACUCCUAGAAAUCACGUCGACGGCCGAGGUGAGGUUCCACUUCGCGGCGGCCCGGCUGGAGGGGGGCAGAGUCCGCGACCUGCUGAACCGCCUCGUGGAGCGCGGCCGGCUGGGGGACUUCGCCCUGCUGCACACGCACAUCGCCCUGCGGCAGCAGCCGACCCUGUUCCUGGCCGAAGUGACCUCUGACCCGGCCGACGGACUGGUGCUCGUCGGACAAGCCUUCAGGCUGUCGUGCGCCGCUCUCGGCUCGCCCUCCGCGACCUUCAGCUGGUUCAAGGACGGCCUCCCGGUGGACGUCACCGCGGCCACGAGGGACAUGAGUGUUCGCACCCUGGCCGCCGACCAAUCAGAGCGCCGCGUCUCGGUGCUGGAGGUACGGGCGGCGCACCCUCUUGACGACGGCGUCUACACCUGCCAGGCCGUGGACUGGGGCAGCCAGCAGUGCCGCGCCGCGCGCCUGCGCGUGCUGCAACCCCCCAGGCUGCGCGUGUUCCCGCGCUCCAUCGCCGCCCGCAAGGGGCAGAACAUAAGCAUCGUGUGCAUGGCGGAGAACGACGGCGUAUACGAGAAGUACGGCUACAGCUGGGCCAAAGGGAAGUCGCUGCUGCGCAUGAGCCCGGGCCAAGAAGAGUGGGAGGACCUCUACCCCAUGGGCAGCAUCCUCAACGUAUACAACAUACAGAGGUCCGCGGUGUACGAGUGCUCGGCCCGCGGUCGCCUUGCGGGCCGGGGCACCGGCUCCAGCGUCGAGGUGCUAGACGGGCCGGCCGUGCCCACCUGCCCCGCCGAGCAGGGGCUCCUGGGGGCCGACUGGCCCGACUCGGCCCCGCACGCCUCCAGCCUCGUCGACUGCCCGCCGCCCUACUCGGGCACCGCCUCGCGGGCAUGCCGGCUGGUCGCUGCGGGAUGCGCCGCCUGGGGGGAGCCCGACCUGUCGGGCUGCUCCGACCCGCAGCUGGCGCGCGUCGCCCGAGACUUCGAGCGCCUGACGCUGGGCUACGGGGGCACCACCGCCGCAGCGACCCUGCAGCGAUGCCUGCUCCACCUGCAGCGCAGCGGACCCCUGCUGCCCGGCAUGGGCGAGCCGGCGGUGCGGCUGCUGGGCUCCGCGCAGCGGUACCUCCUCGACAUGCCCCGGCCGGGGGGGCGGCCCCCGGAGGCCCGCGAGGCCUUCGCCCGGGCCGUCGACCUGCUGCUGGGCGACGGGCGCUCGCUGCGCAGCGACGAGAGCCUGGCCCAGCUGCAGGAGGCGGUGCAGGUCCACGGGGCCACGUGGGCCAGCGAGCUGCCCGACGCGCCCCCUCGCUGGCCGGACCUGGAGUCCAUCGUCCUGGAUGUGGCUCGCUUCGACGGCGCUGGCCCGUUACACCACCGCCUGCCGCAGGCCUCCCGCAGGUAUCCAGAGUGGAUGACAGACGAACUUGAGGUCUACAUCGGGCCGUCGAACCAAGGAGUGAAGAAUGGCACCAUCACCGUGACGAUGGCAGUGUACAGGAACCUGUCGCAGUUUCUUCCUCCAAGGAACACACUGAGACUUGGCAACGCCCAGGAGCUGCACUACGAGAUACACUCGCACGUCGCGGUGGUGGACCUGCGGCGAGACGGGCGGAGGAUUGAAGCCGGCGACGCCUCCUUCUCGGCCAGCCUGCGGCUGGAGCGGUUCCCCCGGCCGCGCGACGCGGCGGGGUGGGAGCCCAGGUGCGCCGCGGCGGAGCUGGUGGGCGCCUCGCGGCCCUGGGACCUGGACGCGUGCCGCUCCGACCCCGGGGCGGUGCGGUGUCGCUGCUCGCGGCCCGGGGCCUACGCCGUGCUGCUCACCUCCCGGGCCGCGCAGGACGCGGGCGGGGCGGCGGGGGCAGACCGGGACCGGGAGCCCCACCGCGUGGUGCUGCUCGGCUGCGCCUGCUGCCUGCUGCAGACCGUCGGCACGCUGCUGCUGCUGCUGCCCUACUGGUGGCGCCACCGCAGCUGCAUCGUGUACCUCAAGCUGCAGUGCUGCACCGCCACGUCGGGUGCCAUGGGCGUGUUCAUUUACGCCGUGCGCGACUCCAUCCCCAAGGGCAACUUCCCGUACGUCACUUCGAGCCUGGAGGUGCUCCUGCUGAUAGGCAUGUCGUCGCACCUCAGCAAGGUGCUCGUCGUGUACACGGAGGUGGUGCAGCUGUCCAGGGUCCGGUGCUUGAAGCAGACAGUGUCCAGCAUCAUCACAGUGCUGCCCGUGCUGGCGGUGGUGUCGGGCCACCUGGCGCACGGCGCCGCCGGCCGGCCGCUCGCCUCCUGGUGGCUGCUCAUCGGCACCGUCGUGUUCAACAUGUUUGUCACGGCUGCCGCCGUCAUGGCGCUGCUGUUCGCGCUCCUGUUCUGCGUCGCGGCGCAGCGCCUGCGCCUCGUCUCCCGCAAGGCUGCGUACGAGAACAAGUCUGUCGCCUGCAGAUUAGGAUUUCUUAAUCGAGCUGCAACCAUACUUUCCUCCAUGGUCUUCAUGAUUACAUCCAGUAUUUGCUACAUUAACUUUCAUGCUAAGACAUACCACUAUCUGUUUAGCUUGUCGAGUGCUAUGUUGGGAUUCAUUAUAUUUGUGUGUUACAUCUGGAAAAGUGAGACACCUGUUUGUAUUCAGCUAAUCAAACGGAUAAAGUUCAAAGAAACUUCCCAGAUCAAAUACACUUCUAAAACAUCGUACAGCCUUUUCAAAUUGUUUGCCAAACAGGACGGAGACGUUGAGGUGGAAGGAGCUCCCCCAUGGUCCAGUCACACGCAAGCCGAGGAUGCGGAACUCGCCCAAGGACUGCUCAUGACUGAGUCUGGACAUACCCGGGCUCCAUUACCCGACCUCGCGCCCAGCACAGUGGAGACUUACGUGGAUAGUGUCAAUGGCUCCUUCAUAGCCAGGGACCUCACCAACUCCCCGCGUAAAGAGUUCGGGAGCCAAACGGACGACCCUGACCUCCAGGACGUUGUUGCAAAGUCUGGGUCUUUCCAGUACCUGGGUACCGUCGAGGUUUCCCCGAAGCAGUGCCCCGCUGGUGAUAAGACGGUGGUUACAAAGGUGUGCGUGGAGCUUGGCGUCAUUACCAGUCACGGGUGUGGCGUGCCCCCUGCCGCCAUGUCACAGCCGAUUCCUGCCAUCAUCCUGUGCAGUGUGGAUGUGGAGCCGUGCAGCCCAGACGCAAAUGCCCCUCCGCCAGAGACCAACUUUGCUCAGCCUGCAACACCCCAGCCCCGAGAGAUCCCACAUCGAAUCACAACAGGUGACGAAACAGACUUGGGUGUACAUACCCCGCCAUCCAGUGUGAACAAUCUGGUGCAAGAAACGAACAGUGGUGGUGAGUCAACGCCUCAAGCCGAAAGUGAAGACAUUGAUUGCAUGUUGAACAGGAUUUCCGACGACUUGGAUUACCUGCUUAAUCGUAACACUGCGGCAGUUUCUGAUAAUAGGUUGCCACAGACCAAAGGCGAACAGAGUGCGCAGGGUGAUGGAAUAGGCAAUUCUUUUCAUGCAAGAUAAAAUAUGUGGUGCUUUAAGAUUUCAGUUGAAAUUGACUCAGGGUUCAAAAUGUUUGCUUUACUGUCAUUCAACUAUAACUAAUUCACUAAUCUUUGUUUCCUUAAGCUAUGACCAUGAUGUUUUGGGUGGCAAACAGUUUCAGACAUGUUACUGCUGAGAGUUUCAUUUCUCACUUUAAGAACUACAGUAUUAUUGUGGCAAGUUGUUUUUUUUUUUAAGCCUGUAAAUUUUUUUGCUCUUUCAGAAUUUUACUAUUCUUGCAAAUGUAUUACAUGUUUAUCAAA